GAUCAGGUGCCCCAGCCCAUCAAGGAUGGACUUACUGACUGGCUUAUGAGACGGUUCUACUUAGAACCAUAUCUAGGUCACCCAGAAAAUCACCCGUUACGAGAGGCCGUGACCAGGAUGAUACGUCAGGAUGCCCUGAAGAUCUACAGGGAUAAAAAAGCAAAAUUCAAGAAGACUUGGUUCACUGACAGGGGUGGGUCCCAGAGGCUGGCAGAACUGGAGGGUCAACCUCCGUAUGGGAUGCCUCCACAGGUGUGGAGUUAUCUACUGGGUUACUGGACCAGCGAGCCCCGGCUGAUUGCUGCCCAAAGAAACACGACAAACAGGCAGCAACAAAAUAAUUUUGUCAGUACUCACGGUCGGCAGUCAUACGCUCAGCGUGAAUGGCGUUACGCUGAAGAUAAUGACGGGCGACGUGAGGACCCGCCCGAGUUUUAUUUGCGGGCCCACACGAGACGAGAUGGGAUGGUGCAGGACGCAGUUAUGCCCAUUUAUGAGCGGCUUCUUGAUACCCACCAAAGACUUUCCCAAGUGCCCAAUACCCCGCCUACGCAGACAUAUGUGGACGCUUUAAGGACACGAUCGGGACAUACUCGUGUGGUUGGGCGUGUGGUUAGGGGAACACGUGGACUGAAUGUCCCCCUCCCAGAGGAUAUAGAGCAACCCUUCCCAGCCCAGCAGUCACCGUCCUUUAACGUCAAUGAUAUGUUCGCCCAGGGUAGCUCUUGGACCCAGUCAUCAUUCAAAGACGGACCUAGCACGUCAUCAUCCCAUGCUGGGCCUAGCACGUCACGGGCCCCCACACAGCGGUUGGGUAGUGAUAGUGAUAGUGAUAGUGAUAGUGAUGAUGAAAGUGAUUAGUUUUCCUUUUUUUUAUUGUUUGUAUUCAUCGUUUAACUGAAGUGUGAUUUCCUUUUGUAA